CGCAAUGGCAACUGUCCGAACAGAACGGCAGCAGCAAGUUUUGUCGUAUUUGUAAUGUUAAGGAGACAUUAUAAGUCGCUGAAGAAACUACUUUCUAAUGUGAGAAACAAACGUCACACAAUUUCUCCAGUCCGAAAAUGUCCCAGGGAUGUACAGUUUCUGUGGAAGAGAUCCAGUCUUGGUGGGAAGUCCCCGCCAUAGCCCACUUCUGCUCGCUGUUCAGGACAGCGUUCAACCUUCCAGACUUUGAAAUAGAGGAGUUGGAGAAAGCCCUGUCAGAGCAGGACUUGGACUUUCUCGGGGACCUUAUUGCCUGUCUGUUGCAGGGAUGCUACCAGCGCACCGACAUCACCCCCCAGGCAUUUAGCAGUUACCUGGAUGACAUCAUCAGCUACAGGUGGGAACUGGAAGAGGGGAAGCCUAACCCACUCAGAGAGGGGCCCUUUGAGAAUCUCCCCCCUCGCACUCAGGUGGAACUGCUGCACCGGCUCUGUGAUUACCGUCUGGAUGCUGCUGAUGUUUUUGACCUGCUUAAGGGACUGGAUGCAGACAGCCUGAGGGUGGAACCACUGGGGCAAGAUGGAAAUGGAGCCCUCUACUGGUAUUUUUACGGCACCCGUAUGUACAAAGAAGAGCCAGUCAAGAGGAAAGCAGACAGGAUCAGUGAACCAUCUGAACUAACUUUACCAGAGAAAAAGAAAAGGGGAAGACCUCCAAAGAAGAGAAAAUUGGAUGACCCUCAGCUAAGUGAGGUGGAAAGAGAAGUGACAGAAGUCGAGACAGAAAAUGGACUGGAGGACUUGCCCCCAAGCAAAGGCCAUAAGCGAGGCACUUGGUCCCUUGUUUGUGAUUCAGAGGAACAGUGGGUCAGACUGGCAGAAAGCAUCAAGGACAAAACCUCCCCACAGGACCGCCACCUCUACCGUGUCAUCAGCCAGAACUUCCUGCCCGAGAUCAGCAGCAUGAUUCAGCACAAGGAGCGGGAGCAGAAACAGAAACUACUGGACCCAACCCCAGUGCGCAUAUCGGAACGCUUCUCUGAAAAACACAUACAGGAAGAGGAUGAGGACAAUCAGAAGGCUGUGGCAGAGGACGAGAAGAGGAAAGAUGAAGAGCUGGAUAGGCAGGUCCUGCUGGCUGAGCAGCGACGAGAAGAGGAGAGGCUUCUGCAGGAAGAGCGGCAGAGGGAGAAGAUGGAGAAGAUCAAAGCUGUGGAGGAACGAGCAAAGAGGCGGAAGAUGCGAGAGGAAAAGGCCUGGCUGCUGUCUCAAGGAAAAGACCUGCCACCUGAACUCCUGAACCUGGAGCCGUCUUCCCCUGUCCACAGAACACGCAAGAAUAAAGAGUUCUAUGAAAUUGAUGACGACUACACCGCUCUAUACAAAGUGCUUGAGGUCCUGAAAGCCCAUAAAGAUGCUUGGCCUUUCUUGGAGCCUGUGGAUGACUCCUAUGCCCCCAAUUACCAUGAGAUCAUCCAGACUCCCAUGGACCUGUCCACCAUUGAGAGGAAGCUCAAUGACGGGGAGUACGUUGCUAAGGAGGAGUUUGUUGCCGACGUGAAGCUCAUGUUUGAAAACUGCGUCGAGUACAAUGGAGAAGACAGUGAGUACACUAUCAUGGCGGAGUCUCUCGAACGGUGUUUCAGUCGGGCCCUGUUAAAACACUUUCCGUCAGAGGAUGGCGACACAGAUGAGGAAUUCCACAUCAGUCGAGAAGACAAGGAGCGCAAGGACAAAAAGCGCAACCGUGGCAGUAAACAUCUGGGACCUGAAAGUCUGAUCAAGGCCACCGAGCAAGUCCAACGUAAGCGUAACUCCCAGGGUGGCAAGGGCAGCACACCCUCAGAGGACGAGGACAACAAGCUGACACGGCCACUUCCUCCCCCUCACUGGGCUCACCCCCACAGCCUGCCUCCAAGCCAACAACGCAUGCGGGAAGGAGACAUUAGGGGCAUGUACCACCCAGGGCAACAGCUCCAUCGUCCCCCUGGUCCCCCUGGUCCACCUGGUCCUCAUGGUCCACACAUGUAUGCUCAAAGAAUGGCUAUGGAUCCCCGCUUCGCUUACCCAGGUCACAUUCCCAGGCAUGGAGACCCCAACUUGAACCGCUUACCCCGCAACUUUAACAUGCAGCAUCGCAUGGUUGAAGGACAUCACAUGGGUCCCAGGUAUCCAAUGGGUCCAGAUCCUAACCAGCAGCGGCCUCCACACCAGCAGCAGCACCCCUACAUGGGUCCAACUCAUGGCCCUUCUCUGGGCCCGCGUCCUGUGGCUCUACAGCCUGGACCUCCUCCUGAAGCCAGCAUGUACCCAUCCCACCACCAUACAGAGGGCCACACCAUGCACCACAUGGGCAACAGAUUCUCAGGACCAGAUGGACCACCUCAGCACAACUACCCAGGCUUGAGGCCUCCUGGUAUGGGCCUAUCCAACAUGUGGACUGGUAUGAGUCACCAGGAAAGACCCAAUGGGAUGGGCAUGCAAGAUCCCAACAUGGUGAACCAGCGCAGCUAUAGUUAUGGUGGAGUCCCACCUCCAGCUGGGCAUAAACCAUGGCCAGAAGCCGCUGGAUACCCCCACCCUUCUCCAAAUGCCCAGUAUCAAAUGUCUGCAGGGGUCAGCUCCCAGGGGCCGAUGUCCUCAUGUCCCCCUGUUCCCCACCCAGACUCUUCUGGCAGGACACGCUUGGCUUCCAUGCUGGAAAGCCCAGAGAUGCUGGCCCUGCAGCAGCUGUCAGCCUCCUCUGGACCCCCUGCUGGUGCCCCUCAUCAGCACAUGGGCAACUUUCAGCAGCCUGGGCCCCCAUCAGGAAUUGGCAGCAUCCCAGCUCACCCCUCUCAGCAGCCUCCCCCUGCCCCUGAGGUUCAGCUGCUGCGUCCUGCUAGAGACAAUGGGCCAGACAGCCAGCCUUCCCAACAGACAGACAUGCAGCCCAAAGGCACAACAUCAGAGAACAAAGUGGCUGCCAACAACAUUUCAGAUAUGGCUUCAUCAAACAAAAAUACUGUUUCAAUUAAUCAAGAGCACCUGUCCAACCCUAGUCCCACAGGACACCACAGUCGGGCAGCAGAGGGAAAGCAGAGCCCUGCAGCCCCUAAGGUGGGCAGAUCACAGGAGAACCUGUCUGGACCGGGGCUCCCACAGAGUUCAACAGAAAGCCACAAGCAGGAGGUAGAUGCCCAGAGACGCUCUGCCAGCCACUGUCCUCCUCAACACAAUAGUGCCUCUACUGUUUUAUCCCAUGUCAACACAAGUAACAACAGCUCCACUGAUCCAACUCCACCCAAGCCCCCGCAGCAUACACAGAACAGUCCACAACAAAAUACUCCAAGCCCUGCACUUCCUCCCCACAAUGUCCUGCCACUGCAUGUGUCAGCAUCUCAGAAUUCCACUCAACAAAUGUCAGAGGACAACAACAACCAAAAACAGCAGCAGCAACCUCAGGUAACCAGGAGUUCCCCUCCUCAAUGCCACCCUCCUAGUUCUCCUCAGCUGAUGACCCAGAAUGCGCAGCAGCAGGGUUCUCUGCUAUCUCCUAAUCACGUCCCCCAAAACAUCUCUCCGCCACGUCCCACACAGAACAGCCCCAUGCAUGGGAUGCCACAGAGUGCCGCACAAGGAGCCCAGCCUGGACCUCUACAGCCAGCUCCGCUCACAUCUUUGCCACCCAGUCAUCCUACCCCUCUAUUACCCUCCCAGCCCAGCCCAGCAGACCAUGGAAAUCAAAGACCUAGUGAGCCUACAGGUAGAGCAGACACAGAAAGUACUGCCGUUCCUCCACAACACACCGUGGUGAAAUCCGGGCCUUCAAAUGGUAUUUAUAAACACCAAGAUUUUAGCCCCAAUCACCAUCAAACCCAGCUGGUGGCUGGUAGCACGGGUAUGCAGGCUCAGAGAGGGCCCUCGCCUCAUUACAAUCCAGCCAUGCCUCCUCACUCCCAAGGCCAGGUAAAUGGAGCCAUGGGGCCAUACAGCAUGGGGAACCCUCCACAUCCACACUACUGCCAGCCCAACAUGACCAGGUCCAUGCCUCCAUCUGCUCCCCACCCUUACCACAACCAGGCCAUGAACUCCCUCCACAAUCCUGUGAAUCACCCCACCUAUCAUCAGCAGGGAGGGACUGCCUACUCCUAUCACAUGCCAGGCCAACAGCACCCUCAGGCCCACCCCAACAUGUACCCACCUCACCAGUACCAGCAGCAACACUACUACCCCCAGCCCCAUCCGCAAGCUCAGACCCAUAACCAAGCCAACAGCAGAGGGGGUUACCCUUCCGAGGAGUGGCAUCGUUCUCAGUAUCAGCCUCGCCAGCCAAUGCCGCCUAAUGCCUACCUACCUAUAGCCAGUGCCAGAGGCAAUGGUCAGUCGAAGGAGAGCAGUGUGUCGCCAUUGGGCUCUGAGGGCUCCAGUGGUGCUAGUUUAGUGUCCCCUGGCCCUGUGUCUGAAGCAGGGCCACACCCUGGAGGCCCAGAAGAUGGCAAGCGUGAAAGCAGGGUGCAGGGCAGUAGAGGCAGUCCAGCAAACCAGGCUCAUACUGAGAGCUCAGAGCGAUCUGAAAGCCCGAAAGAAAUCCUAGACCUCGAUAGCCAUAACGCUGCUGCGCGCCGCCGUAGCACCCAGCCACCUCAACAGCAACACCCACCUGCUUCUGCUGCACACGUGGCGUCUGGCUUCAUGUACGGCCCUCGUGCCAUGCACCCUGGGAUGCAGCAAGGCGGCGUUCCUCCACCACACAUGAUGUCUCAGGCCCGAGGCGUUGGAAACGGAGGCCCUUACCCUGGCCAGCCAUACCCAGAUCCAGGACGCUAUGCUGCCCAAAGACCCCACCCACACCUGAUGGAGGCUCUGCAGCGGCCCCAGCAACUGCCUUACUCACCAGGUCAGACACGCAUGGCCAUGUACCGACAUCCCCGGCCUGCGGGGCACUUCCAGGGAAUGAUGAUUCAGCAGAGAGGCCUGGCACCAGAACACUUCUUGCACCCAGGGCAACAAAUGAUGGCUGGCCCAGGCGGCCCUAGCAAUAAACAGGGAGUGUGACAUACACCAUGUGAUCAGAUGCUGUAAAGAAGAAGCUACUCACAUGCUGACUGGGCAGACAGAGACUAAAGAGAGGAUGCUUUGCUCCACAUACGUCUUUUAGUGGUAUUCUUACACUGGACAAAAUCUUUGGCUCUGUUUUGCUCACCAUUGGACUUGAAGAUCCGACCAGGCAGCUGGUCUUACUAAGAUGAUAAUAAUGUGAAAUGUUAUUGAGCCCCUGCUUUUCUCCACACAGAGCUCACAGUGGUCAUUAACAGAAUAGUUCUGUGGGGUAGAACUGGUGGGGAUUAACUAACUUGCUCAAGGACACCUCACCUGAACAGUUGCUUCCCAUCACGAGCGUUUGAACUUGGAUCCUCCAGCUGAAGGGCAGCCUUUUUAACCACUAGGCCAACCUGCCAAAUACAAAGGACACUGCCUUCAAGAACACUGGAUUGGCCCUUCCCUUUUUGAGGAGUCAAAAUACGAAUGGAUAAACACAGCCUGCCCACUUUGUUCACUGACUGUAGUGCUCGGUAGACCUGUGAAUCCACUGACAGAACUGAGGACGACUGUGAUGAAGAGGAAAGGGAUUGUUGUUUUUACUACUAUUUUCUGUUCCAACCAUAUCUUUAAAAACUCAGGUGUAGAAAAGGAGGUACUAUGAGACUGUCACCCUGACCCAGUCAACUCACAGGCCCCUUACAACUGCCUUGGUUUCCUUUGUGAAUGUAUGAGUGAAUGUGUAAGUGCAGCACAGUAGCUGCAUGUGAAAGGGCACAUGAUCACACUGAUCAUCUGCCUGAGGCAUAAACCGUCCUGACAAGGCCCAGUUAUUGUCACUUACUGUCCAUUUCCACCCCCUACUUUUAACAGUGUUUCUCCACUUGUGGAGGAAACGCAUAGUAUAUGCAUCUUUCAGAGCUGCCUUCAUUGAUAAGAAUGUCUUUGACUAGCAGAGAGGGACCGACAAGGAUGUCGCUGUUUGUUUCUGACUAUACCCGACUCUGUUAUGCACUAUAUGGUUUUUGUUAGUCAAGACAUUCUGGAAUCGAGAGGCCUUGGAUAGUCUUAUUAUUAGUCAAUGCCUGUUAACAUAUAUGUAUGAAAAUAUAUAUAUUAAUGAACCCUU